AUCCCCUUCUGUCAUUGAGAAUUUAACCUGGGAAUUCUAUUAGCAAUUGCCUUUUAAACAACCUUAGCUCGCAACUAAGACUUCCUCAUUAUGCCAUGGUCAUUUUUCCAAAGGCAGAGGCUGGCAAGACAAAGGAAAGAGCUUGAAGCUUACUACCGCCAAAAAGUGAAAUGGAUUAACCCAGCCGAUCAGCACGCUACAAAAGUCGAAGUUACGGUUACGUUAAGCAAUGACAAAGAAUAUACUCUUAGGGUCUCUCUUCCAUCAGACUUUCCCAAUUCCUGCCCUUCGAUGAUUGUUAGUGUACCCCGUUAUUGUCUGAAGAAAAAGAAUGGCUCUUUCCUGAACGUUUCCAGCGGCGAAGAUCACACCUUGCCGAGUAAAGAUGGCUGCACACAGAUCUGUCACUGUAGACCGGACUUAUGGCGGAAUGAUUAUACUUUAUACCAGGUGAUUACCAAAGGUGUAACUUGGCUUGAAGCUUACGAGGUGCAUCUUGAGACUGGUGAUCCGCUCGAUUGGUAUCUACAAGCCGAUGAAAGCUUCCUUUUGGAUGGGGUUGUCAAAGAACUGCAAUAAUCUGCAUGGUCUUUAUCAUUANUU